GUGGCGAACAUACCUCGAAUUCGUCAUCAAUAUGCGACUUGUUGUCAAAUACCUCUGCCCUGAAAGAUUGCUACUGCUCGCUAACCACGUCAGAUCAGAUGACGGCAGCCACACGUAAGGAAGUCCUGAGACUGUAUACCAGGGUACUACGGAUCGCCCGCACUUGGAAGGCCCAAUCCACCCUUCAUCAAGACACAGAGUCUGAGAGAAGUUACAUUACCCAGGAGGCCCGGACCCUUUUCAGAGAAAACCAGCAGUUGACAGACCAGGAAUCAAUUAAAAGAUGCAUAGAAGAAUGCCAAGCGAGGAUAGAAAUUGGUUUACAUUACAGAAUUCCAUAUCCAAAACCAACCUACUUACCGCCAAUGGGACUGGCAACACAGAAAGGCAGGAAGCUGCGCGCUCAGCAACGCAUGAGGAAGCAGGCCAAGCCAGUUUACUUACAGUCACAUGAUGACACCUAAUGCUUUACGUGGGCUAUUCAAUCUGUGAAGUUCAUGUUACCAAGGACGAGAGGAUGUUAUAGUAGUCACAGACUCAUUUACACACCCACAAAUCAUGGGAGUUAUUUAUUUUCAUUGCUCACUGGGCACAUUUCAUUGUAAAGUGCAACAAACACACUGUAUUAUACUGCAAUCCAUUAAUGUGUAAUUCCUGACAAAUACGUUGUUGAUGAUAAUGUUGUCUAUCUUGUAAUAUUAACAGUCAUAAAUAUGUCAUAUAUUAUUUCCAAUUUAUUUAUUAUUACUGCAAUUAUACCUUUUUAUAAGUCAUAUUGUCAUGACUGGCUACGUCAGAGAAAUCUAGUCUGGUAGAAAAAUAGAGAUUUCUUUCAAUAGAUAAUGAAUAAAAGUGCAUUGGAGUGCAUAUUCACAGAUAAUAUGAUUAUCAUGUCCAAUA